AUGCCGCAGCUGGGCGGCGACGCAGAGCAAGCCGAGCUGGGCGGCGACGUGCAGGGGUCGGCAGCAGAGCCAGCAGAGUGCCCGCAGUGCAGAGUUCUUCACGCGGAGAUCAGACGGCUGAAGCAGCGGAUCGCCGUCUUGACCCAGGCCGGCAAGCGCACCUGGGAUCUCUUGAUUUUGUCGAACCAGGAGGUGGUCCGACUGCGCAGAGAAGUCCGAUCGAAAACCCGCCAGCUGCCACCACCAGCCGAGUUGGAGGCACAGCAGAAGAGCUCCGCCUGUCCCUGGCCCAUAGAGACCAGCAGGUGCAGGAGCUGCGUGCUGCGCUCUUCUCCGAGCGUGGGGAGGUGCAGGACCUGCGCGCUGCGCUCCUCGCGGAGCGCCAAAAGAACGCUGCGCUCGAGGCGCUUCUUGCGCGCAUCUUACAAGAAGGGCGGUGUGCAUUUCGGCGAAGUCUUAUGUCGCCUCUUUCGCUGGACCUGUCCCGACGCACGCGAGCAGAGUGGUUCGUCUGAAAAGAAGCGAUGA